CCGACACGCACUCGCCUCGAGCAGAGGCAGAAAGCACCUGCCGGCACACUUGACAACAUGGCAUCGACAUCCACGCUUGGGCUGCAUCUCAUCCAAGUGUGCGCCACGGGCACCCCAGACGAAGCCAGGUCUCUCCUGGCUGCAAUCAAGAAGGAGGCGCGUCCGGCGUCUGUGCUGGAAUACCGACAUCCGUCGUCACAGUUUACCGCACUGCACACUGCCGUAUUUCACGGGUGCUCCGAGAUUGUGGAUCUUCUUUUGCAGCAUGGCGCUGACAUCCACGCACUUACGAACGUGCAGAAGAAGAACACUCCCCUUCACGUCGCUGCGUACUACGGACAUGCGCGUGUCUUAAAGGUGCUCGUGGCACGAGGAGCCGACCUGUAUCGCCUCAACGCAGACGGGCUCCUUCCGCUGGAUCUUGUACGCUUCAAGAACCACACAGAGGUUGUGAACCAUCGAGAAGCCGCGCGCAUUCUUAUCUUCGCCGUCGAGUUGCACAAAGGCUCUGUUGCAUUCUCUACGGGGUCGGAUUCGUGGAACCCUUGCUUUGCACGGCUUCUCCGCGUCCAGAGCGGUGCGCCCGGGCAUUCCAUGGUAGAGCUGGCGCUCCACUCAGAGCGAAGCAUGCUGUGCCCGUUCAUGGUUGUGCUAUUUGAUCCAAAAGUUACUCGAUUUACCAUCACGUCCGAGCGUCCAACUUCAUGCGAGCUCGUGCUUUCGAAUGGGGUAUCAUGCUUCCGGUACAAGGCGCCGUACUUUUCAAGAGAGCCGUCCAAUCGACGCGCCAAGGGAUCCGCGAUCGCUUCCACGUUCGCCAUGCGCGUCGAGUCGACUGAAGAGGCGCGGCAAUGGAUGGACGUGUGCAACAUGGUGCAGGGAAUGAAAUCAUCGCCAAUGGGGCCCGAUACAUUCCGUCCACUGUCGCCGCCAUCGCCGACGCAUGCUUCAUCCCCUCCAUCGCACCUUCGGUCCAUGGUGAACUCAACUGGUUCGUCGAGAGGGUUGCCACCACCUCCACCGACUGCCCCGUUUCAAGGCCCCCCGCCGUCGUAUGAAGAAGCGCUUGCCAUGCAAGGCCAGGCGAACCCGUGGAGGCCGUCCGUCCCCGACAUUGUCGUGUGCAAGUCAUGCCAAGGUUCCCUCGGCAACUCGCCUGACGCCCAAAGAUGCCGUAUGUGCCUCAAGAUCGAAUCCCUUGCGUCGUCGCUGGAUAAAAUCGCAGUUGACGUGCCGCCACCAACGGCGGCUACCGCCCCGUCCGCCCCAGACCUCGGCAGUGCCACAAACGAGUGCGUCAUCUGCAUGGAUGAGGUCCGAAACGCUGUGUGCAUCCCAUGCGGCCACCUGUCGUCGUGCAUCCAGUGCUUGUCCGAUGCCGCCACAUGCCCCAUCUGUCGCGCGCCGAUCCAGUCCGUCGUAAAGGUGUUCACGGCAUAAAUCUCCGCCAAGUCCCAUUAACAGGAGGACAACUACACGUUGGGAGGUUGCACCUAACUUAAAGCUUGCACCUACAACUUUCACCGAGGCGUUCAAUGUGCACCUAUAGGCGUGCACCUAGGCUCUUUUCGAUGCAAAAUUAUUAUCAAUUUUAUUCGAGUCG